GACAACACAUUGACCAGACGCAUUUUGACUGCUCUCCAACGACUUUGAGAUCUUGAUCUUCUGCUAAUUACAUUUUACAACCUACUGCUAAUUUAUAUUUUGUUCAUUUAAAGUUUGAUAACUGUCAAUUAGGCUACUUGGUUCAUCAGGUUAAACCUAUCGGCUAGUCUAGGCUAAGAAACUUAGCAAAGUUAGCUAUAAUCAAAUUCAAUAGGCACAAGAUUGUUGGGUUUGUUUGUUUUUAAAUUGUUGCAGUUUAUUUUUAUAUUUUUAAUGGCGUCAUGUGAUAACCUCUUCGCUAGAUUAGGAUUUCGCCCAGUGGUCUGCACAGCAGGCCUGACUGCGACAGCAGUGGGCGCUGUUUUUCUGUUUUCCAGGUGGCGGAAGGAGACUGCCGAGAUCGGCACCCAGACGGACUGGGAAACAGCUGAGGCUUCGACCCAAGCCGGCUGGGAAACGGCUGACGCUGGGACCCAAGUACUGUGGGAAACAGCAGAGGCUUCGACCCAAGCCGGCUGGGAAACGGCUGAUGCUGGGACCCUGGCCAAAUGGGAAACGGUGGAGGCUGGCAUUCAGGCAGAGUGUCAGAGGGCUGAGGCAGGUGUCCAGGCGGUACAGGAGACGGCUGUCUCUGCAACCCAGGCUGUGUGGGAGACCGCGGAGGUCGGAACUCAGCCGGACUGGACAGACGGGUUCAUCCUUGUGGACACUGUCGCACCCCAGGUGGUCACUCUGGAUGGCGUGGAUGGACAGCUGCAGCCGUCUGGGUGGGAUGUCCAGACCCUGCUUCGUUACACCAUGGUGUACAGAUCGUCCACCCUGUUCUUCUGCGGUCCUGUGAUGGUCGGAGAGAGGCGGUGCUCAGGGGAGACAGUGGAGGGAUCUCUGAGGACGCAGUUCUGGUUCACCGCUGAUGAGAACUGUGUGCUUGAUGCAGAGGGCAACCGUGACACCUACACCACCACUGAUGCUGCAACCAUCAUCGAGUGGCGCUGUGGUGAGGUCGUCCGUGCAGUGUCUUACCAUGAGCAAGAGUCCAAGUUGUUGGUUCUCAUGGAUGGAGUUCCGGUCAUCCAAACAUCCAAGACCUACAAGCAGGUGACCUUGUCUGCCAACGGAUCACUGGUGAGCUCAGAGAGGUCCGAAACCACCUCCGUCCCGGCCCCUGUGGUCCCUGACCCGUCUGCUGAUGGUGCUGCUGGUGCUGCUGACGCCUCUGGUCCCACUGACCCACCUGGUGCUGACGCCUCAGCUGCUGCUGACGACACCCAGAGCUCUGCCCAGGGAUCAGAGGACAGCUGCCUCCUGCCUGAGGCUCGGGAGGUGCCCUUCAUCUUCAACUUCUUCCAGUCCAAGAACCUGGAGGACUUCUCGACCAGACUGACAGCCCUCAGGCAGGCCUUCACCAUCCUACUCAGCAGCGGCCCAGCAGUGCAACCACGCCAGUUGCUGUGA